GUGGCGGCGGGAGCGCUGGCGGCCAUGUCGGCGGGCGGCGGAGCUCCGCGGGACUCGGGCACCGCGGGCGGGCGCCGCAGCAAAUGGGACCAGCCGGGCCCCGCGGGGGCGCUGCUGCUGCCGGGGCCGUUCCCCGAUGGCUCCCCCGGCCCGCGCGGCUCCGGCAGCGCCGCCGCCCCCUCAGGAGCGCUGGACGCGGCCGCGGCGGUGGCGGCCAAAAUCAACGCGAUGCUGAUGGCAAAGGGGAAACUGAAACCCGCGCCCGGCAACAGCGACAAGCUGCAGGCAGUGGGCAAAGGCUCCGUGCCCGGGAAGAGCAAAGAUGAUCUGGUGGUGGCCGAGGUGGAGAUCAACGACGUCCCCUUGAGCUGCAGAAACCUCCUGACCCGGGGACAAACACAGGAUGAGAUCAGCCGCCUGAGCGGCGCCGCCGUCUCCACCCGGGGGAGGUUCAUGACCGCAGAGGARAAAGCCAAAGUGGCCCCUGGAGAUCGCCCUUUGUACCUUCACGUUCAGGGUCAGACCCGGGAGCUCGUGGACAGAGCAGUGAACAGAAUCAAGGAAAUCAUCACCAACGGGGUGGUGAAAGCGGCCACGGGCUCCAGCCCCACCUUCAACGGGGCCACGGUCACCGUGUACCAUCAACCUGCAAACGUGGGGACUGCACCCCAAAACACUGGGCAGAAAGGACAGUUCCAGUCAGGGCUCCAUUAUGUCCAGGAUAAGCUGUUUGUGGGUUUAGAACACGCCGUCCCCGCGUUCCAGGUGAAGGAGAAGGUGGAGGGGCCGGGCUGUUCCUUCCUGCAGCACAUCCAGCUGGAGACCGGGGCCAAAGUGUUCCUGAGAGGAAAAGGAUCGGGGUGUAUUGAACCUGCCUCGGGCAGGGAGGCCUUCGAGCCCAUGUACAUCUACAUCAGUUCUGUAUUUUCUCCAUUCCCCGCAGGUUUCUCAGCCCCGGCGCUGCCCCCCGUGCCCCCGCAGCCGUUCCCGUACCCCGCGGGGUUCCAGGGGGGGUACCCGGCCCUGCCCCCGCCCUGUGCCCAGCCCGCCCCUCCCCCAUUCGGGGUGCCCGGGGUGGGGAGCCCCCUGAGCCCGGCCCUGGUGGCUGCCCCAGUUAAGCCCAGUGUCCAGACUGGGAGCGCCGCCCCUCCUCCGCCCCCCAAGCGCCGCUUCACCGAGGAACUGCCCGACGACAGCGCCGGCCUGCUCGGAUACCAGCAUGGACCCAUUGAUAUGACUAAUUUAGGUACAGGCUUCUCCAGCGCCGCCGACGCGCCCGGAGCCGCCGCCAAGGCAGCGAGUUCCUCGGGGAAGGAGCGCGAGAGGGACAGGCAGUUGAUGCCUCCGCCGUCCUUUCCCAUCCCCGCAGCGAAGUCGGAGCCGGAGGAGAGAAAAGGAGCGGGGGCAGCGCCGGGGAGCCACGGUGAGAGCCCAAAAACCCCAAAAAAACCCCCAAAACCCCCUUUAGUGCCCCAAAAAUACACUCAAAAUUCCGGAAAUCCCCUUUAGUGCCCCAAAAAAUCCAAUUUUAUUACCCAAAAAUCCCCUUUAUUGCCCAAAAAAAUCUCAUUUUCUUACCCAAAAAUCCAAUUUUUUUUCCCUUAUCCGAAAAUCCAAGUUUUUUGCCCAAAGUCCACUUUGACCUCUCUGGUCUGACCCC